CAACUCUAAAUAUCAGUACCAGUAGUAGGGAGGGCAGUCAUGCACACACAUUCCUUGCCCUCUCUAGCGUGAUGGCUUCACCCACACGAGGGCCGGCUCUUGCGAGGGGGCGGCGGAGAGCCAUAACGUGGUGGCGUCUGCAUAGAGUAGUUGCCAGUCUCUCGGUUCUGGCGAUUACCUUUACCUCAGCCAGAGGAAAUGAAAAUGAGGCAAGUGCAACAAGCCAUCUCGAGAACGGACGCGAGGGCAACAACAGCAACAACAACAAGCCUUUCUUCAUCCAGGAUCCCACCGAUGGGCUGUGCCUGAGCGGGGGGACGUUCAAGAGAUGUGCUGUAGAUACGCUGUGGAAGGUGGAGGGAGAAGCUGGCAGGCAUUCAAUUCGACGAGUGGCUGUUCUGGAAGACGGUGAAGAGGAGGCGAAACAGUUGUGCUUGGACCGCAAGAGCUGCGACUCUGCGACGUCGGUAUUACGCACAGCCAGUUGCGAUCACUGCGGGGCAAAAGGAUGGGACAUUGUAGGGGACGUGGACAGCAGCUACACUCUAUCGGUGGGGCGCGUGCAGCCUGUCGUGGCAGCCGCGGCAGCGGCGGCAUCCGAUGGCAUGGCCUUGUCCACCGUAUUCGAACAGGCAGCUGCGGGGGUAGGUGUUGGGGGGGGGGUUGCUGCCGUUGCACAGAUGUGCAUUGUCAGAGAUGGAGAAACGGCGAGGAUGGGGGGGUGCGAAGAGCAGACGCGAUUGACGUUGCAGUUUGCGAGCGAGCACGAUAUGGCAGCUAUGGGCGCACCGGGGGUGCGGUUGAUCACAGCUGCCAGCGACGGAAACAAGAAAGGAGUCAGAAAGUGGUUGGACCAGGGCGUGGAUGUGGACUCACGCGAUUGGGACAACCUGACACCCCUUAUCGCAGCGUCUAGCCAGGGACACCUGGAUGUUGUCAAGAUCUUGUUGCAACGAGGGGCAGGGGUGAACUCGAAAGACAAGGAUAACAUCACAGCACUCAUGGAGGCAUCUAUCAUGGAUCACAGGGAUGUCGUCAAGCACCUCUUGAAGGAGGGUGCUGAGGUGGACGCGAAAACAACAACGGGAGUGACUGCGUUGUGGCUGGCGGCUGGCGAGGGGAGGAAAGAGGUGGCGGCUAGUUUAAUCGCCAAGGGUUCGGAUGUGAACAAUCGCAGAACAGAUGGCAUCACAGCGGUUAUGGCUGCGGCUGUCGGGGGACACAAGGAUGUAGUGAAGAUGCUGGUUGAUGCUGGUGCUGGAGUGUCUGACCGGGACCAGGACGGGCUCACGGCGCUCAUGAACGCAGCGGAAAUUGGCGCUGGGGAAAUCGUGACGUACCUACUCAACAAAGGGGCGGACCCCAACGUCAUGUCAGAGACGGGCUUUACUUCGCUCAUUCUGGCGGCAGCAGGGGGUCAUCUGGAGGUGGUUAAAACUUUAGUAGAGAAGGGCGCCGAGAUAAACGCCGAGCAUCCGGAGGGGGUCAAUGCGCUCAUGUACGGAGCAGCGGGGGCACAUCUCGGCGUCGUACAGUACUUGCUAGAUCCCGGUAAGGGGACGACGGGAGCGGAGGUGAACCAGCUGCACGUUCACGGAGGAUCAGCCCUGAUGGAGGCAAGCACCUCUGGAAACGUGAGUGUCAUAAACCUGUUGCUCAAGAAGGGGGCGGACGUAUCGGUAACAGACAAGGACGGCGUCACCACUCUCAUGUCUGCGGCCAGUCACGGACAUGCACAGGCCUGCAGGGUCCUGCUGGAUGCUGGAGCUCCCCUACAUACGAAAGCUUCCUCGGGGGGAACGGCUCUUAUGUUUGCCGCUGCAGCAGGGUACACGGAUGUGGUGGCGUUGUUGCUGGAGAGGGGUGCUCAUGUCAACGACACCGUCCAGGCGUCUGAGACUUACAAGGCGAACUUGUUGAAGAGCAACACCGGCGAGGGCGAUUCUCCCAUGGGAGCGGAAACACACACGGAUGGAGUCACAUCUCUCAUGGUGGCAGCCGUUGGUGGACACAUGGAUGUGAUGCGCGCAUUAGUUGAAGGCGGGGCUGACGUCAGAGCUGUGGACGACCAGGGAUUGAGUGCACUUCUCAAUGCAGUGAAGGGGAACUUCGGUGAUGCCGCCUCCUACCUGGUGGAGAAAGGCGCGGAUGCAAACGACGUUUAUGUGGACGAGGGAGGGGAUCGGCACUCUCUGCUGAUGGACGCUAUUAUCGUUGAGAACGUUCCCUUCGCGGAGCUGUUGGUCAAGCACGGCGCGGACGUGAAUGUGACGGACGAGCAGGGCGUGACAACCUUGAUACAGGCGGCCCACAGAGGCAUGUUGGUGAUCUGCGAGCUGGUCGUGGAGAAGGGUGUUGAUGUUGCUGCGAAAUCUGAUGAUGGUAUCACAGCUCUCAUCGCUGCCGCUAGCGAGGGACACGCGGGCAUCGUGGAGCUUUUGCUGGGGAAGGCUAAAGCAGAUCCUGACGCCAAAGACAAGGACGGCACAACGGCCCUGAUGGCAGCAUCCGUGCGAGGGCACAAGGAUGUGGUCGAUGCCUUGCUGCGACAUGGCGCGAACGUCGACCAGCAAAAUCUGGAUGGUCACACGGCCCUGAUGUUUGCUUACAACGGAAGAAACCAGGUGGCAGCAUUGCUGUCUCGAUACUUAGAGUACGUGGGAGGCAAAGAGGAUGACGGGAACGCUAAGAUUAUCCAGGAUUCGCUUCAGGUGCACACGAACAUUAUCGCUGCUCUCCAGGCCGCGGGUGCAGAUCCGGGACUUCUCGACACCAACGGCAACUCAGCCCAAGACUUUGAGUCUCAACACCCUGCAGGGCACGAAACAGAAGGAGGAGCGAGUGGAGCAGGGCGAUUGGAGCCCCCAAGAGCUAGGCCAGCGGUACCACCAACGGGGGACAGGAAUGAGCUAUAGAGCUUGGGGUCAACGGACAAUCGAAUGAGCUGCUUAGAGCUAGCUUCAGGGUUGGGUUCCGGGGUAGACGUGGUUCGUAGUGGGAUAAGAUUUUGGAGCGUGGUGUUAGUUAGGGG